AGUAUUCUCGCGAGAAGUCUAGAAGGCGGCAGUGAUGGCGGCGGCGGGAAGCGGACCCGGACCGGGAGUGAGCGCAGCACCCGGGCCGGCAGCGGCUGCUAAUGCAACACCGGCAGAAGAAGGGGAGACGAAACCGGCAACAGCCGUAGCGGCCGCUCCGGCCGGAGAGGGGACGUCUGCUGCUCCAGUCUCCGCGGAGCCUAGCUCCGGAGAGGCCGAAAGCGGGGAUGCAAACUCGGUUGAUGUAAGUGGUGGCUUGGAGACAGAAUCCUCUAAUGGAAAAGAUACACUUGAAGGUGCUGGGGAUACUUCAGAGGUGAUGGAUACUCAGGCAGGCUCCGUGGAUGAAGAAAAUGGCCGUCAGUUGGGAGAGGUGGAGCUGCAGUGUGGAAUAUGUACCAAAUGGUUCACAGCAGACACCUUUGGCAUAGAUACCUCAUCCUGUCUACCAUUCAUGACCAACUACAGUUUCCACUGCAAUGUGUGCCAUCAUAGCGGGAACACCUAUUUCCUCCGGAAGCAAGCAAACUUGAAAGAAAUGUGCCUUAGUGCUUUGGCCAACCUAACGUGGCAGUCCCGAACACAAGAUGAGCAUCCAAAAACCAUGUUCUCCAAAGAUAAGGAUAUCAUACCGUUUAUUGAUAAAUACUGGGAAUGCAUGACGACCAGACAAAGACCUGGGAAAAUGACCUGGCCAAAUAACAUUGUGAAAACUAUGAGUAAAGAAAGAGAUGUGUUCUUAGUAAAGGAACACCCUGAUCCAGGGAGUAAGGACCCAGAAGAAGAUUACCCCAAGUUUGGCCUUCUGGACCAGGAUCUUAGUAACAUCGGUCCUGCUUAUGACAACCAAAAACAGAGUGGUGCCGUGUCUACCAGUGGGAACCUAAAUGGAGGAAUCGCAGCAGGAAGCAGCGGGAAAGGCAGAGGAGCCAAGCGCAAACAGCAGGAUGGCAGCACCGCGGGGACCACCAAGAAGGCCCGGAGUGACCCUUUGUUUUCUGCUCAGCGUCUUCCCCCUCAUGGCUACCCCUUGGAACACCCGUUUAACAAAGAUGGCUAUCGCUAUAUUCUAGCUGAGCCUGAUCCCCACGCCCCUGACCCUGAGAAGCUCGAGCUCGACUGCUGGGCAGGAAAACCAAUUCCUGGAGACCUCUACAGAGCCUGCUUAUACGAACGGGUUUUGUUAGCCCUCCAUGAUCGAGCUCCCCAGUUAAAGAUCUCCGAUGACCGGCUGACUGUGGUUGGCGAGAAGGGCUACUCUAUGGUUCGGGCUUCUCAUGGGGUUCGGAAAGGUGCCUGGUACUUUGAAAUCACAGUGGAUGAGAUGCCGCCAGACACUGCGGCCAGGCUGGGCUGGUCGCAGCCGUUAGGUAACCUUCAGGCUCCCUUAGGUUAUGAUAAAUUUAGUUAUUCUUGGCGGAGCAAAAAGGGAACCAAAUUCCACCAAUCCAUUGGCAAACACUACUCUUCUGGCUAUGGACAGGGAGACGUCCUGGGAUUUUAUAUCAAUCUUCCUGAAGAUACAGAGACAGCCAAGUCACUGCCCGAUACCUACAAGGAUAAGGCUUUAAUAAAGUUCAAGAGUUAUUUGUAUUUUGAAGAAAAAGACUUUGUGGAUAAAGCAGAGAAAAGCCUAAAGCAGACUCCUCACAGUGAGAUAAUUUUUUAUAAAAAUGGUGUCAAUCAAGGUGUGGCUUACAAAGACAUCUUUGAGGGGGUUUACUUUCCGGCCAUCUCCCUGUACAAGAGCUGCACGGUCUCCAUAAACUUUGGACCAUGCUUCAAGUACCCUCCGAAGGAUCUCACGUACCGCCCGAUGAGUGACAUGGGCUGGGGCGCCGUGGUGGAGCACACGCUGGCCGAUGUCUUGUAUCACGUGGAGACGGAAGUGGAUGGGAGGCGGAGCCCCCCAUGGGAGCCCUGACCAAGUCCCUUUCUCUUUGCAGACACAGACUUUCUGGGGAAUUGUAUGAGGGGGGUUUGUUUUGUUUUUUAACUGUUGCAAGUUUUCCCGAAGAUCCCACAGAGCAGGGCCUCUGCUGUAGUAAGUUGAAGGCCGAGUGGGACUGGGAGAGAUCCCUGCCCUGCGUUACUCGCCCUUCCAGGAUGGCUUUCCCUGUGGACACCACACCCCAACAGCUGCCGCCCUGGGAUCCCGUAAGCGCCCCGUGCAAAGGGCUGUGCCACACACCCCGCCAGCUGAGACGCGCUGCUUCCUGUGUUUUCAGAGGACGGGCUCGUCUCGUCCAGUAGCUAACUUAUUUAGAGACAUUUCCUUCUGUGGGCAUUGCCUGCCUCCCACCUGGUUCCCAGGAAGCAGUGAGCCCGUUUCUGAGAAGAGCUGGAAUCCACGACUACAUUCCAAAGGAGUCUGAAAAUGCUUUCCUUUUGGUGUGGGUGUGCUUUUAAUUUUGAGAUGAACUUUUGAACACUGGGAUCUCUGAAACUACUAGGUCCAUAGGACUGUCAUUGUGAAAGGCACUUGCUUGCAGCUUUAACAGUGAGAAGCUCUUCCCAAAUAAAACUUGUCUUCGCA